ACGAAAUCAAGAAAUGGACCGUUGACCUUAGAAAGAGAGACAACAAAACAACAACCGGCCAACAGGUUAAAAAGAUGAUUGAAACUAAACUGACCAUUAAUCAGGUCAGAGAGAAAAGUUAUUUUCUUGGACACCGAUUAACUUGAUAUUCAUAAAUAAGUAAAAGAGAAGCAGUUAAAUGUAACUUAUAUUAUUUACGCUGCGAGCAAAGCUCAUUUAUAUUGGAGAAAGAAAAAGAAAUCAACCAACUUAAACGUAUUAUUUUUAUUUUAGCCUGAUUUCAUCUUCAUCUUUCUCACUCUUCUAUUUAUCUUCAUUUGUUGACGAACUUUCAUCCUCAUCUUUUUCUGUUUGUUUCGUUUACAGUGAAAAUUUGAAGGUUUAAUUCAUUCAAAAUGAUCCUUUGGAAUCAAUGAUUUUUAACUUUGUUAUUUAUAGAAACACAUGAGAGAUUUGUUGAAAUUUCCAUUGAUUAUAUUGUGAAUUUUCAUCAUUAUUGACAAGAUGUCUCAACAAAGUGCUUCAUUCAAACAAAUUGUUGUUUGUUUAAUUAUUUUCUUUGGGUUCCAUUGGUUUGCUCGUAAUGGUUACGAUACUUUUGCUCAUACGAUUGCUCACUUGGGAUUUUUCCUACUUGCCCUUUACCUUUCAUGGCAAAUGUCAAAGAUUGUCACACUCACUGAGACUAAAGUUGAUUCCAACGAUAAAGCUGUUCUAAUCACAGGUUGUGAUUCUGGAUUCGGUAAUGUGUUGGCCAAACAAUUAUCUAAACUUGGAUACCAAGUUUUUGCCGGCGUUUUAUUUCCCGAUCGUGAAGGAGCUCAAAGUUUAACUAAAUGUGGGACUAAUCUUCAUAUUGUUAAAAUGGAUGUUCGAGAAAACGACGAGAUUCAAGUGGCUCGUGAAUUCGUCGAAGAAAAUCUGGAACCAGGUCGAAAGCUAUGGGCGAUCGUUAAUAAUGCUGGAAUUGGUGGUUUCUGUCCAGUUGAAUGGGGACCCGAUAGUUUGAAGGAAAAUUAUCUCGAUUUAUUUGAUGUCAACACUUUUGGUGCUGUUCGAGUUUCUCGAACCUUUUUACCUUUACUUCGAAGGACAAACAAUUCUCGUAUUGUGAUUAUCACUUCUACUGCAAGUCGAACAACUUUUCCCGGUAUUACAGCCUAUUCGAUGAGUAAACAUGCAGUCCGCUCAUUCGGUGAUGGCCUUCGUCGUGAGGUAGCCCGUUACGGUAUAAAUGUAUCCAUAAUUGAACCCGCCAUGUAUUCAACAUCAAUAAACGAUACUCAGUUUAUAAUCAAUUCUGCCCGAACCAAUUGGACCAAAACACGGGCUGAACUGAAAGAAGAGCUUGGUCAAGAAGAGUUCAAACGUUUCGACCAUUGUAUUAGAUAUCUCAAUUACAUGAAACGAACGGACAUUCAAGAAGUGAUCGAUGCCCUUUUGUCAAGUGUCAUCUCGAAAAGUCCUCGACUCUAUUACAAAGUCAGUGGCUACAAGGAUAAAAUUUACCUUUACUUAUUUUCACUUUUACCUGUUGAAAUUCAAGACAUUUACUGUGAAAAGGUUUAUUUCAAUUCAAUAAUCAAAUUGAUUCAAAAUCAAUCAUAAAAAGACCAAAGUUUCAAUCAAAUAAUAUAUCUCAUUAUUAUCAGUUCACUAAAUUUGCUGCUAUUUACUGAUUACUCUUGUGUACAUUAAAUCAAAAAUUGGAGCAAUUAAAUUAAUUGCACUAAAACUUGUUGUGUA